AUGGCUUUCACUACUGCACUACCAUGGGUGCCGGAGUACAGUGGUAUCCCUGAGGUCCCCUCAGGGUCUAAAACUACCUAUUCAAGCCCUCCCCUCGAAAUAUCGCUGACUUCCGCCGGAAGCAGUUAUCCAGUUGGUAAUCUACUGGAACAGAGAGUGGAGGCAACGCAUACUAUCCCGGGAGAGUGUGAGAGGCUCUUCUGUGACAAAUUGUCUGCAAUUUUCCGUGGUGAGAGGAGAUUGGCGAGGCAAGAGUCACUUGGGAUAGAUGCGUCCCAACGUUGGUCAAAUGGCACCAGCUUCGACAAUGGACGAAUCCAGAGAUGGGUUGAAGUGAUGGACUAUACCAAUGAUACUAUCUACCGAGGAUUCGUAGCGACGUCAGGCGGCGAACGGACAUUGUUUGUCUUCUUUGAGGAAACGUCACUCGGCCACGGAUUGAAAUCGGGCUUCCGUUCCAGCCUUUGGCUGCUCGCAAAUAGUUGCGUGUGUCCCUCGAUUACGAGAUGGUGCUGA